AUGAAUAAAAUUAUUCUUUAGACAAAGGCAUUUUACAUUUAAGAUUUCUUGAAUGUUAAGGAAACAUGGAGAAAAAGUUAUUUAAUUGCUAUUGUCUUGCUACUAAUUGAAAACAUUUAACUGGUUUCUAUAUACACAAGUGAUAUAAUUGAAUUUGAAUAUGACUAAUUCUUGAUACAUAUAAGAAGUGUUAUUGAUUUCUGUAGGUGAACUUAUUUUAAAUAUUAAUUAGAUUGUACACAAUUUUUGGAAAUUCGAUUCUCAUUAGAUCAAUUUUUGUAAUUUUUGGUUUUGUAUUACAAAUCAUAUUUCUUAUACUAAUAUUGUAUUCUCUUUUGAACAUUAGAAUAUUAAUAUAAAAGAAACAAUAACUAAAAUUUUUAACUUUAGAACAGGUAUAAUAAUAAUUGAUUUAUUAGUCAGGUGAAUCUAAUAAUUCAAGUAGACAUUUGUUGAAUUGGAUUGUUUCAUUUUACAUAUAAAUUAACAUAAAAAUGUUACAUAUUCCAUUUCUGUUUUGUGGGAUUAGUUUAUUAACAGAAAUAUUUGAAUCUUGUAUUAAUUUUUAAUUAUACAGAAAGUUUAAAUUCAUUAGAAUAUGUUGGUUUAAUAUUCAGUAUAUUAUUGAUAACAUAAUAAAUAUUAAUUGGAUUAUUCAUUCACUUACAUUAAUUUGAGUAUAGAAUGAAGUCGUAUGACUUUUUGGGGAAAUUUUAAACACAGAAAAUGAAUUUCUUGCAAGGAUUUUAAUUAUUGUACAUAUUUUAGAUAGAUAGAACAUUAGAAUAAUACUAUUAUCUGGAAUACAGCUAUAAUCAUUAGUAAUAUAAAUAUUUGGAGUAAUAAAUUAAUUAAUAAGGAUAAUUUAUAGUUACAAUUAAUAAAUUUAUGUAGAUUAUAGAAUAUCUAGAUACAAUUUUUAAAUUACAACAUUCUGUUUGAUUUAUUAAUUGAUUUUACUUUUGUGUCAAUAUGGAUAACCAUAAUUAAAAAUAAGUGUAGUUUUGUUAUUGUUAAUAUUUUAUCCUGUAAUAUAUUUUAUUGCAAAUGAAUUAAUAUUGAAAUAGGAUUUAAAGAAUGCCAAUUUUAAAAAUACUCAUCUUGAAAAAUAAAUAAGAAGAUUAUAUAUAAUUUUCAAAGAGUAAGUUGAUUUAAAAAAGUAAUAGAGAUUAAUGGAUCCAAAACAAUCUUUAGAAAUUUAUACAUUUAUUUCAACUCAUUUAAGAGAAUGUAAAUUAUAAAGAGAUAGAAAGGUUUAAAAAAAUAUUAAAUUAAAAUAUAAAUGUUUUUGUACUGAUUUUUUUAAAGAUGAUGAUACAUUUUAAAGUUUAGAAUAAAUGAAAUAAUUUGCAAAAGAAUUAAUUGGUUAGACAUUAGAAGAUGAAAUAAUUGAAAACUAAGAUAUUAAUUUAAUGUUAAUAUAUAUUUAUUUUUUGGUUUAAAUUAAGAAAGUUCCUACUUAAGCAAUAUAUGAAGUUAUUAGAUUAUCUAUGAUGUAAAAAGUAAAGAACUAUUUUUAUUAUAAUAGGAAUAAACAUUAAAAUAAUAGGCAAUAAUAAGAAAAUUGAAACAUGAUGCUCUUGAUAAAUUUUCUGAAUUAGUUAGAAAAAAUGAUCUAGUAAAUUAGAAAUUUGUUUUUAAAAAAGUAUAUUAAUAUGAAGAAUCUUUGAAUGUAUUAAAAAAUAAUCUUUAGACUAUUGUUAAAUAAGAAAAAGUAUUUAUAUUUAUAGUAUAUAUUUUAGGAUUUCUAUGCUUGUAUUUUAACCUAAGUUAUUGAUAUUGAUUAAAUAGUUAAUAUUGGUUUUAAACUUCUUGAUAAUAUUAAAGUACUUGAAAAGUAAUUAUAAUUAUUAUAUAAAACUAAUCCAUAAAGUAAUGAAUGUGAUACAAUUUACAAUAUAUUUCACAAAUACAUUCAUUACAAUAAAUUAAGACCUAAAUUAUAUAGGAGAGAUGGUUAAAUGAUGUUACAAUUCUUAUAAUCAAGUGAAAAAAUAAUAUAUGAUCCUGGUAGUUGUGUAAUAUAAAUUACUUUGCUUUAACCUAGGGGAAAUGUUAUUAGAUAUACAAGAACCUUUUAAAAGGCUAUAGGAUAUUAAGAUGAAGAGAUAUAAGAUUAAAAUAUUAAUAGAUUUAUGCCAUAAAUUAUUGCAAAUGAUCAUGAUUUAUAUUUAGAUAACUUUGUUGAAAGAGGGAGAAUUAAUGUAGUUCGAAAUGCAGUUAGAGUUAUUUUAGGUAAAACAAAAUCUCAAUUUGUUGUACCUAUAAAUACAAGAUUGAGACUUGAAGCUAGUACUACUGAAUUUGGUGCUACUGCAUUAAUUACACCAGUAAAUUUUACAUAUGGAUAUAUGAUGUUAAAUGAAUAAGGAUAAAUAGAAGAAUUGACUAAGAAUUUAUUUGAUGAUGUAUUUGAGAAAUAUUUAGGAGUUGAACUUGAAUGUGUUAAAGGAUUAGAUUGUUUAAUUUUUAUGCCAGAAUUAGCUAAAAUUUGGGAUAGUUUAUUUAAUGAACACUUUGAAAAACUUGAUAUUAGAUUAGAAUGUCAUUUAAUACUUCCUUAGUUAUGUAAAUAGAUCUCAAAAAGUUUAUAAAGUUCAAGAACUACAGUAUUAAGCAAAUCAUUAUUAUAAUAAAAUAUUAUUAGAUCACUUGAAAAUUAACCAUAAGAAAAUGUCAUAUUUUAAGUUUCAUUACAUCUUAUGAGUUUAACCACAAUCAAUUUAAGGUUAUAUUUUUUAUUUAUUAUUAGAUUAGUCAUUUUAGAAAUGCCAGAAUACAAAUAAGUCUAAAAUUAAAAAGUUACUAGUAGAUAAUUAAUUUAAUUAAGAUAUAGAUCUUCAUAAUUGUUAAAUUUUUCAACUUAAAAUGAUGUAAUUACUUAGAAAGUUGAUCUAUUGGCUUCUGCUAAUGAUUUAUAAUUGUAAAAAGAAAUUAGUGAAUGUGAUUUAGAAUAUGAAAAUGUUAUUGAAGAAUUGAAAAUGGUUGGGGAUUUAAGAAAUUAAUUAGCAUAAAUUAAUAUGAUUAAUUCAGCUCAUAAUCAAAAGUCAUCUAAAAGACUUAUUUAAAAUAGUGAGAAUUAUUUUGAAGAUAGAAUUAUUGAACUUAGACAUAAUAUAAAUAUAUCAGAAAAAAGUAAUGAUUUAAGUGAUAGUGAAUCUGAAUUCAAAUAAAGAAUAUAAGAAUAAAAUUUAUAAUAUAAUUCUGGGUCAGUUGGAAGUAGAUCUUCUUAAAAUAAUACUACUGCAUUAAAAAGAUAAAUGAAAGAUUGUUUAUCAGAUAAUAGAGGUUUAAAUAUUUAAACUAAAUUAUUUUUAUUAUCUAUAUACAUUUUAGUUAUUUUAGGAUAUUUUGUGAAUUAUUUGAUAUUAUAUUUUGAAUUUGAAAGCAUAAAUUAAGACUAAAAUUAUGAGAAUUUACCAUUUUAAUUUUCAUAUUUUUAUAAUGAAUUUGUUAUAACUUAAUCAUUUAUAAAUGAGGAUAAUUUCCAAUUUAAAAAGUUAAGUGAAGUAACAUUAGAUUUUUUUGUAGAUCAUAUUAAAGAUAUUGAUUAAACAAUAACAAGAUUACCACAUAUUAAUAUGAUUAAUAAUUUAACAAUGAAAAGUAGAAUGAUAAUUAUUUUAUCACAAUUAUCAAAAGUAUAAAGAAUGAAUGAAGAAAUAUUUUAUUUAGAUUUUGUGAAUAACACUGAUUAAUUUAAUAUUUAAUUAAAUCUAAUAAAGAAUGCUUAAUCCAUUACUUAAUCAAAUGAUCUAGGAAUAUAGUAAAUCUUAAUAUAUAUAUUUUUAGUGUUCUUAUUGAAGAAAUAGUAUUAAUAUUAUUUCUAACUCGAUAUAUUUAUCUUUGUUUAAAAAUAAUUUAAAUGAAAACAAAAAUAUAUAAAUUAUUUUGCACUUUCUCAAAAGAAGUCAUUUAAGAAUAAUUUCUACAAUUUAGUUCUUUAUACAAUUAAUUAAAUAAUACAAAAUUUAAGAAUCAUGAGACUGAUGAAGAAUAAUUUGAAACAACAAUGAUGCGUUAAUAUCAAAAAACAGUAACUUCAAAUAUGUUAGAUAAACAUAAUAAAGUUGGAAAAUAAAUCUCAUUUAAAUGUAAUUAUUAUUUUGAUAUAUUUAAAUAGAAACAAAUUCUGCUUAGAUUUUCUUCUUUUUAUUUAUCUUUAUUUAUGCAUUUAUGUGUUCUUUUUAUUUUAUAGGGAGUUAUAUUCUUUAAAAAGAAACUUUAUCAAAUGUUUAUGCAAGAUACAAUGAAAAAACUUAAUUUGAGAUUACUAAUAAUUAUCUAUCAUUAUCUUAUGCAUAAUAAGCUAUUUUAUUAAAUUAGACAAUUUAAAAAGAUGGAAUAGAUAGAUAAAAUAUUACUGUUGAAAUUUUGAAAUCACUUACAACCAAUCUCUCUUAAUAUUAGUAAAGUUCAAAUAGUGAAAUCUAUGAUAUUUUAUCUAGUAGCAUUUGUUAAUUACUAUUCAAUUCUUAGUAUAAUAUUAUAUUCUAAUUUAAUUAGUUAGUAUAGCUAUUUAGAAUAUGCAAAUCUAUUUAAUUUUGAAUAAUGUUAAUCAUAUCCCAAUCUCGAGAAAGGUUUAAUUCUUGUUGUUUAAGAAUUAUAUUCAAAUCAAUUUGAAUUUUUGUAAUUGCUCUAAAUUAAUAAUUAAUCUAAUUAUUCUUUUUAAGAAUUCCUUAAGAAUUCUUAAUCAUAAGUUUAGAGAUUAUAUGCUUAAUAUGGAUUUCAUGUUAUAGUUGAAAUGUUAACAAAUACAAUUAAAACAAUUGUUACUUCAACUCUUGUAAUAAAUUCAAUUAUGCUUGGAUUUGCAAGUAUUAUUAUGAGUUGUGCUUUAUUAAUAACAAUUAAGACAAUUUUAAAAGUUAAAGAUCAAUACAAACAAAGUAAAUAAUUACUUACACUAUUUCCAUUUGACAGACUGAUGGAAAAUGCAUAUGUUGUAAGUUUCAUUAGUUAAGACUUACAUUUUUCGGUUUGA